GUAUCAUCGUUUCUUCGUAGAAGAAAAGCCCUCCCCCUCUCUCUGUGCAGGGUCAUCUUCCUGUCUCCAAGAGCAAGAGGUACAAAAACCCUAAAAUAAUUCAAUUUUUAGCUCAAUCUGUUUGUUUUGUACGCUUGCUGUACCAACAUUGUUUUCGAGAGCUUUUGCCAUGUCAGGAGAAGAGGAAGAAAAUGCUGCUGAACUGAAAAUUGGUGAUGAAUUUUUGAAGGCCAAGUGUUUGAUGAAUUGUGAAGUUUCCUUAAUUCUUGAGCGUAAAUAUGAGCAGCUGCAGCAGAUGGCUGAUGAUCCAAUGAACCAAGUUUCUCAAGUAUUUGAAAAGUCACUGCAGUAUGUGAAGCGCUUUAGCCGCUAUAAGAAUCCAGAUUCUGUCAGACAAGCUCGAGAAAUCCUUAGUAGAUAUCAGUUAGCUGAAUUUGAGCUUUGCGUCCUUGGAAAUCUUUGUCCUGAAACUGUGGAGGAAGCUACUGCUAUGGUCCCAUCGAUCAAGAGUAAAGGGCGUGCCAUUGAUGAUGAGGCCAUUGAGAAAAUGCUGAAUGACCUGUCUUUGAUAAAGAAAUUUGAGUAGUGCUCUUUUUAUUAUGUUGUGUGCUCUCGGUGAAGAUAUUGUUUCAUAUUGACAAUGAUACUGUAGUCCUGAGUCCCAGCACCCUGAAGAGUCGGACAUACCAAUACAUGGCCUCUCAAAAUUGCUAGCGGUAUUAGGCUUGAAAAGCCGAAAAUAAGUUAAUUGAUUAAGAGUUUUAUGGCAACAUUUUUUUGCACUAUUACAAUGAGUUAAUUGAUUUGGACAUUAGUCAGGUUUUGUUCUUCUGGUUUUACAAUGAAAGAAUGCAGGACACACUAUUGAAGGCAUGAAAUGCUAUAUGAUGUACAUUGUAAUGUUAUAUAUCAUUAUUUUCUAUUUUUAUCA